CACAAUGAAGUACCGUUAUGCACGAUAACAAUAUGUUGUCAUGGAAAAGUAAGUUGCCAUAGCAGCCUCAUUUUUUUUUAAAGCAUCUUUGUUUCAAAACACACCAGGAUUGCCUCCUCUAACAUAGCUAGCUGGGUUAACCUGGAAAGGCUGCAAGCUGUAAACAAGUCAAUCGUCGAUACGUACAAUGAUAUAGGAGUCGGAUACGUGGCUGUACUGAGACAGGAAAGCGGAUGAUACAUUCUAACUGGUUUCAGCCGAUGCAAACUGGACUACAAAGGGUGAAGACGUGUUGAGGAGAACUAGUUAAGCAGAUCUAAACAAUUGCUUUGAGCAAACGUUACUUUUGUCCUCUGCUGGGCUGCGACCAUAACCAUGUCGGACAUUAUAAUCAACGUGUCUGAUGAGCCUGCACAGAGCGGACCUCAAACAGGAAACCAAAGGAGGAACAACAGUUGGUUUCGUAAAAAGAUGCAGAGGGGCUUCCCGCAAGGUCGAAAUAAAUACAACCACAGAAUGGGACAGUCCAGACACGAGCCACCUCCUCCGCGCCAAAAUGGAGCACCUGCCAAGCAUCCAUCCACUUCCACACACAGCAAAAGUUUACCUUCCCCGAGCAGCACAGCCGGCGCUUCCCACCCUAGCUCCCAGCCUUCGACGUCCGCGCACAGCCCGCCUUCCUCGGCUGUCUCUGUGAACAGCACAGGCAGCCACGAAAAGCCAAAGGAGCCUGGGAACACAAACCCAACAGCCGCUGCCCAUCGCCCCUCAGCGUCAAGCCUCUACAAACCCACCGCCGCUCAGACAUCAACAGGGAACCCCACCAAGUUCCUCGCCAUUGACUGCGAGAUGGUGGGCACGGGACCAAAGGGGAGCAUCAGCCAGCUCGCACGCUGCAGUCUGGUGUCCUAUGACGGAGACGUGGUUUACGAUAAAUUCAUCAACCCCUCUGUGCCCGUCACCGACUACCGCACCCGGUGGAGCGGCAUCCGGCGCAGUGACCUCGUCAACGCCAUACCGUACGCUGAGGCCAGGAAGGAGAUACUGAGGCUGCUGAUGGGGAAGGUGGUGAUUGGCCACGCCGUCCACAAUGACUUCAAGGUCCUGGGUUACUCUCACCCCGGUGCCUUGACCCGAGACACGUCUCGCAUCCCUCUGCUCAACGAGAAGGCCGGCUUCGCCGUGCAAGAGUGUGCCUCGCUGAAGAGACUCACCAAGGCCAUCUUCAACCGAGACAUCCAGACUGGGAGGAAGGGCCACUCUUCUGUGGAGGACGCCAGAGCCACCAUGGAGCUUUACAAAGUGGUGAAGGACGAGUGGGAGAAGAAGUUGGCCUCCAAACCACAGGCCAGCCAGUGCCAGGUGUGAGGAGACAAUGCGGAGAUAAACCAGAGUUUGGAUCAACAUUUCUGUGUGGCAGGAUGCGGUUUGGGCCUGGCCACACGGGCCAACUCCUACUGUCCUGUUGACACGUGAAUGAAGAUACCAGAACAAAACUGUACCUGCUUAUUCAGUGCACUGGAGAAGCUUUUACCAGCUGGAUUAAAAAAAAACAACAAACAACCUGUAAUAUUAUCAUGGGAGAAGAAUAGGAUAACUGCUGGGCCAGACAGCAGUUCUUUCUCAGGGUUUGCAUUGAGUUUAAAGGUGCUCCUGCCACUAGGGGGCAGUCAUGUAUUCAGUCCAGCAACAGAAAGUACAUCAUUGAAACACUGUCAAUGAUCCCCCUACACACACAAAAAAAUAUGGUUUUAAGUUUCCACAAGGUAAGUGUUUUUAAUAGGAUCCGACAGUUCAACAUUCAACCCCGAUUAUUAAUGCUUACGCCACUUCGGUGUAUAUUCAUCUUCUCGCCAUCUGAGCGUAGACGAUAGAGACAAUUUCAAGUCUGACCAAAUUGCCACUAAAAGACCUCAAAUGUCAUUUUACAGUUUUUACAGUUUUAAUCAUCCGUAAGUGAAGAUAUGCGUACAAAAUGCUGCUUUGAUCAACCAGUGGUCUUCUUCAGGGAGGUUCAGCAUUUUUUUUAGAAAUGCGGAAGUCGUUAGUCCCGCAUGUGGCUUUUAUGGAUCAGAAAUGGUUAUUUAGUUUUAUCACUUUGAGACAUGAUUUGAAAUGUGACUUUUUUAUGUUAAUGUUUGAAAAAAAAUGAUAGAAAAAGUGCAAGAAUACACGUCUAGAAAAAAGGCACUGUUAAACGAAGUAGUUGGCCAAAAAAACCCAUACUUUUAUAUGCUCAUAAAGUACACAGGAUCUAGUAUAUUAGAGCAGGAGGCCUUAAUUUCAAAGUAAAUUUUGAUGUAGUUACUGAAUAUUAUCCUGGCAAAAUAUUUCAACACCAGAUUUCCGCGAUGAUUUAAAGUUACACGUGGUAAACCCCCCCCAUCCUGACCUCUGUGUCCUCGGCGGUAGCUACGUUCCUGAUGUUCUUCAUCACUGUCUUUAUGAGACUUGUACUUGGCACGGCGGCUGGCCACUUGUUUACCUGAACUCUUUUUUCCCCCCACUCUGUUGAUGUACUGUAAGUCUGCAGUUUUGGAAUAUGGACGUGCUCACUUCCAGAGUCGGUACGGUUUCCUUCCUAUGCAACGUCAGACAGAGUUCAGUUGUCUGCCGUAGAUUCAUCUCGGUGCUUAUCUUCAAUAAAUCAUUACCACAAUCA